AUGUUUUUGAGAUACACUGUAUGAAUUUAUAUCAAUUGUCGGCAACUAAACGACUUUUUUAUAUUUUUUAUUUUUCUGGAAAGUCCUUUUCAAUGAAGAUGCAAUAACUUUUUAUUCCCAAAUAAAAACAAAUAAACAAAUAAAAACAAAUAAAAAAUAAUUUAGGGAAUAAAUAAAACAUUUCAAAUUCAAGGUAUUUUUGUGUUCGUGUUUGUCACAUUGCAUGAUGACAAUACUGAAUGAAUGGCAAUACUUUGUUUAUUUUCCAUUAUAAAUAUAGGAAAAGUUAAGUGAGCUCGGAUGAUGGUGCCGUGAUGAGAAUCUUCCCAGCCAAUUAUCAAUGCUCAAAUUUAUUUAUUCGAGAAAAUAUAUUUUCUUUCGGAAGGAAUCACUGAGAUGGAUCCAAGUUCUCCCAAGAUCUCCAAGCCGAGAAUAUUGUCGCGACUAUUGAAAUUAUUCCGACGUAUUGUUCGAAAGCUUCUGUCUCUCUAUUCCGAUAGAAUUAGCAUCCUUGUUGAAACAUUGUUUGCGGGUAACGGGAAUCACAGUCUUACUACGGCCAAUUGUCGAGUGCGGGAGAUUGUGAUUACGUUUUUGAAAAUACUGGGCGUUGUAUGCAGGAUACUGAGAUCACAAUCUUAG